AUGUUAUCAUCACCAAGUUUACUCGAAUCUCGUUUAAAAUUUUAUUCAAGUCGAUCUGAUCCGGAUGUAGAAGCUAAAGUACGUUCGUCUGUACGUGCUAUAAAUGAUACAGUACAAGCAAAUGCAAAUGAACCAUCAUUGGCUUUCUAUCGAAUACAAGAGCAUGUUCGAAAAUCUUUACCUACAAUGAUACAAAAAAGAAUUGAACUUGGAAAUUUGCAUGACCGUAUGACUGGUCUUAUUUUUGACAUUGAAUAUAGUGUUGAUGCUGUUAAAUCUAUUGAAAAAAGUGAUGAACAUGUCAAUAAUAUUGCAACUUGUUUAGAAAAAUCUAUUUAUAUUAGUAAACAAAUACAUUUAAUAAAACAGCAGCAGAUCCAGCAACAAAUAUUAGAAAAAAAGCAUGGAUCAUAA